AAAAAGACGAAAACACUAAAUAGUUCAAAACUCAAAAGCUCAAAAUCUAUUCAAAAUUAAUAAUUAUUUUUGCAAACCUAUUGUUAUUUGAUACUGUUUUAAUAAUGAUGGGAAACGUGAGCCCCGCCGCAAAGCACGCUGUAUUGUGUUUCUCAUUAUCCUGCUUUGUGUUUAUUGUGUCGCUGUUUUCAUCCAGUGUUCUGGGCUUCACGUCUGAGCUGUGGGCUCUAACGUACUGGGGCCCUGGGCUAUACUUCUGCCUGUUCAACUUCGUUCUGCGAUACUCCCUAAAAGGCUUCACUUAUGAUGUAGCAGUCAGAUCAGCUUUCCUAGGCUCUGUGUUUGCAACAGGACUCUAUUUUGCAACUUAUGACAACAGCUAUCACAUAUUUGGACUUUAUGCCAUGGCUUUCUCCAUGUUCCACUUCUCAGAGUUCCUCUCUGUAGCUUUGACUAACCCUAAAACUUUGACUGUGGAUUCAUUUAUAUUGAAUCACAGUGUGCAGUAUUGGGUUGCUGCUGUAUCCAGUUGGGUUGAGGCAGCAAUUGAAAAUUAUUUCUUUCCUGAUAUGAAAACUGUAUUCUGGCUUUCCCACAUAGGAGUUGUGAUGUGCGUAGUUGGCGAAGUGAUGAGGAAGAUGGCAAUGUUCACUGCCAAGACAAACUUCAAUCACCUUGUGCAGACUGUGAAGAGCCCAGACCACCGGCUGGUCACCCACGGGGUGUACCACCUCUGUCGCCAUCCCAGCUACGUGGGCUGGUUUUAUUGGUCUGUUGGCACUCAGAUAAUCCUUUUGAACCCGAUCUGUGUGAUCAUAUACACCCUGGUAUCCUGGACGUUCUUCAGGGAGCGCAUCUUCGCCGAGGAGAUGUUCCUCAUAUCUUUCUUCGGCACCCAGUACCUGGAUUACCAGAAGAAGGUCGGAACCGGUCUGCCUUUCAUCAGGGGUUAUAUACCUGGUUUAAAUGGCGCCUGGUGAGAGAUGUAGUAGAAACAACUGGAAGUGUUAAGGUUCAGAUUUGCAGAGCUGCUCUGCUUUAUGUGGCCAAAGGAGUAGGUGCUAUAUAAAUUGUUUUAUUAGAAAAUUUCAAUGUACAUAUCUAUACUAAAAGUAUUGCGCUCUUACUUAAUUUUAAGUUCUUUGAGAUAUUAACAAAUCAUUAUUUUCUUUUAGUAUCACCCAAUACAAAUAUAUUAAGAUAUUGCUGUACCAGUCUAAAGAAAAACUACGUGACACCUGCGUUUCUUUUCUCCAUUCAGAGCACACUGGCCAACGUAUGAAAUAGAAAUAAGCAUAUUUUGUAAAUUUAAGUAUUAUUUAUUUAUUCAUUUUUCUUUAAUUGGAAAACAAACAGUUGUAAUUGCUAAAUAGUUCAAAAAUUGGUUGACUUAAAACUAAUAACAAGUUUUCUCAAUAAGUUCUAUAUAAUUAAGGGUACCUUAUUAAGGGUAAUAAGGGUAGCAAACUAUACCAAAAAAUAAGUUUACCGAACAUUCAACAAUUUAUCCAUAUUACCGUAAUAUCAAUAAAUUUCGAGGUUAUUUUAAACAGAAUGAAGAAGGCGAAAAACACAUUACAAAAUAAUGAAAUCUGUUCUUAGUUUUAAUUAAAGGUAUGUGCAGAAUAUUUUUAUGCCUAGGUAAUCGGGAGUGUACAAAAAAGUCUAAUUUACUAAGUAAUUCCGGACUAUCUAUUGACUCUCUAACAAUGUUAAGUAAGAGACAAACGUCGGCAAUGUUUCUACGUAUAUAAUAACGUUUUCGAAAAAAAAACAGUAAUCCUUUAUAAGGUAUUAAUUCAAAUUAAAAAUUUAUUUAUUUCAAGUAGGCCCAGUUUAUAAGCACUUGUGAAAUGUCAUGUCAGUCUGUUGUAGUGUCCUCUAUCACUGGUAUAAAUUAAAUAAAAACUCAGUAGCGUACAAAACGAAAAAAUAGAUCAAAUCGGUAUUAGCGAUACGAAGGCGAUUGUUUUUUUUUUUGCAUAAGCUAUAUGUAUAUCUUGAAUUGCGAUCUCAUGGAAUUUUGCAUUUAUGUUAUUGUUAUUUUGCUCGUUUUUUUAUUGAUUUAGGUUACCACUAACUUUGAGUGUUAUUUAAGAUGCAGUAGGUAUGUUUUCAGUUUAAAGUAGUUUAGACAAAAACCAAAGUACAGUUGUAAAUCGAGAUAAUUUAAUUGAAUUGUAAAAAAAACUCAAAAAAUAAAUUACUGACUCUGGUUUCUGAAUUACGUGAUAGGUAUUCUAACAUGCUUAUAGUCUCAUGAACAUAAAGUUUCAAUGGCUAAACACAAUAGUUAUUUAAUUAUUUAAUUUGUUUAUUUAAAAAUCA